AUGUGGAGGGAAUUGCUCAACAGUGUGGAAAAUAUCAAUGUUGUAAAUGGCAUUUUGUGUGCAAGAUACUGGAGUUUAAUUCUUAAAUUUUCAUACCAAAAGGAAGGAAUUCAAGUACCAGCUGAUGAGGUUACAACAAAAUUUUGGAAGUACAAUUUUCCGAAGGUUGUUAACGAUAAUGUUAAGGAAUUUCCUAGUGUUGGUAGGAUUUCAGAUGAGGGUCCAUAUAAAUGUUCGAGACGUUCUAAGAAGGUAGAGGAAAGUCCUAUGAAACUGAUUCAAGAGAAGAAGAAAACAAAGUCUCCAACGAAGAAACCAAUAGAUGAUGUCAAUGUCUCAAAGCCUAAGGAUACCACUAGUGAAACAAAGCCUUAUGAACCUCUAAAGGAGGUGGUUCCUUCUAAAACUAGAGUGUUCAAAAGAAUCAAGAAAAUUAUACAUAGAUCACAAAGUUCUUCUGAUAAAUAUCCAUGUUUUUAUCCAUCUAUGGUUCGAAAACCACAUGUUACAAGAAAAGGAGUGGUGAUUAGAGAAGUUCUAGUUCCCAUCUCACCUUCAUCAAAGAAUUUCUCAACCAGAACCAAUUAUUGUUUCACUCCAUUGACAACAAAUGUUGAAACCACUCUGUCACAAGGUACACCUAUCAUUGUUUCUUCUACUUUAGAAACUUCCACCAUAGAGACAACAACUACUUUGCCUCCAUUUGUAACUAAUCCUCUUGAAACACAUUCACGAACUUUCGAUAAUAUCCUCAACCAACCAAUUACUUCCUUAUUUUCUUCCCAAUCUACUGAACCACCAGUUACUACUGCAGAAGUCCAUCAUUCAUCUGAUGAUGAUGAAAAUGUUUUUGGUGGAAAAUUUGGAGAUAUUCAGUUUGAUACUGAAGAAGAGGAUAUUCCUAACAACAUGAUACUGACUGGCAAACAAUUCAAAAUCCCGAAUCAAAAACUUAAUUCAUUAUUGUAA